UCUCCGGCAGCAAUUUCUGAUUCUGGCCAUAUCGACUCAACUUGUAGUCGGAGUCAAGAUAUUAUUAUUAUGAUAGUAAGGAUGAAUGUCAUUUCUCUUAUAUAUGGGACUCUACUUUUUCCGUAAUUGCAAGGUUAUAUUUGUUGUAUUUGCACGAUUUCCACGAUUUAUUCGAUAAUGAAUAUUGUAUACAGUCGUGUUACAUCUCGCAUUGGAUCGCUUAUGAGAGAUGUGUCAAUAUAUAGUUGUAAGCGAAAAGACAAUUUUCAAGAUAAUAAUUUAAUUCAUCCGGAAGGUCGAGAGCCCGAUAUUCCACAUUAUGUGGAACGAGAAGGAGAAAAUGCCAAUCUCAAACGAGCACGAUUGACAUAUCAAUCUCGUAAACGUGGCAUGUUGGAAAAUGGUAUACUUCUUAGUACUUUUGCAAACAAAUAUUUGAAUACGUUUGAUGAUAAACAAUUAAGAUUAUAUGAUCAACUUAUAAAUUUACCAUCCAACGAUUGGGAUAUAUUCUAUUGGGCGACUGGUGUCAAACCAACUCCACCUGAAUUUGAUAAUGAAGUGAUGGACUUACUGAAAAAUCAUAUUAAGAAUGAAGAUCGACAAGCUAGGAUAAUGCAACCAGAUUUAUAAAUAAUAUAUUAUAGGUAUGUUUUGAUAUUCGCAGUACUGAAAGUCUAUAGUCCACAUAACUUAUACUGUAUAGUUUCAGCACUGGCGCAGUGUAGAAUCCUCUAGGGACUCUAUACUUCGGAAUUCAAUAUUAAUAUAGCAACAGCAUUAAAAGGACCUAACCUAAUGUAUACUUAGUAGAUAUAAUAAUCUAGAUUUUGAAUAUAAACCUGUAUUAAUUUUAAGUACAAAUCAUGAUAAACAAUAAAGAAUUAUUGAAAA